AUGGCUGAAUCACAGCCUGUUGUUCCGACUGUCCAUCAACUCAUCGUCGACAACCCCUGGUUCUGCAAGAAUCCCCUCUUUUGGACCGCCCAGCAUCUUGACCUCCUCAACAUCAAAUUCGAACGCAUCGAUGCCCUCCUCAAACAUCCCCAGUCUCGCAAGUAUCUGAGCAUGAAGGACGAUGACCCUUUCUACUACUGGUCCAGGCGCUUCGCCAAGAACCUCACCUCUGUAUCCAAGCACGCUGCCUUUACCCGAAUUCUGGAUCUCAUGGGUGUCAAGAUGUGGCAUCAUCCCGAUGAGAAGGCUGUGUUCUUGUUUGACAGCAAAGACGUCCACGUUUCCGACUGCUACGUCUGCCAUUUCACCCCUCCCUUUCUGUCCGAGCUUCCCAUCAUCGGCUACUUCCACUACGACGACGUCAAGUGGGCUCGCCUCAAGAGCAUCCGACCUCAGAGCAACCCCGGCGACGGCGGAAAUCCCCCCAUGGCUCGAGUCUGUCGUAUCCGACUUCGCAACGUCACUCCCAUCGAGUGGUCCGAGGAUCCUUACCUCGUCGGUCUGAUUCUGUCCUUGGCCCAGUAG